GUCAGUCAAUAUGCAGAUGGAGGGCAUGGUCGGGGGGACGUAUUACGGCGUCCUCCGUGCAUCUGAUUUCGACUUUUCCAAUAUCACUCAGGUCGAGACUUUUCUGCAUGACCUUAAGCAUCUGGAAUAUCUGCCGAUCUUGGGGGCCCGCUAUGCAGAGUAUUUCUGGUAUGGGGUUAUUGUUGUUGUGGCCGUGGUGGCUAUUAUCAACCGGAUGUCGCCGGUGGUUCGAAGGCUGAGGUUUCAACCAAGUAUAACCAAGAACCCAUACCUCGCCAACCUCUAUUCAUACUUAAGCACAUUCCUCGCCACCACUACAGCGUUGGCUCGAGAGCCAUCGUAUCUCCAAUGGACUCCACGCGUGCUGUCCCCUUGGGUGAAAAUCCCACCCCUUGGACCCAUAUACAUCAUCCUCGCCUAUUUUGCAUUCAUCAUCGCGCUGGAGUUCAUCAACAACGACAUGCCAGGCGCGGGCCAUUGGCAGUUCCUCGGCGCUCGUGCCGGAUGGCUUGCCGCUGCUCAGAUUCCCCUACUGGUGGCUCUCGCAGGCAAACGAAACCUGAUUGGCAUGCUCUGUGGGAUUCCAUAUGUCCGAUUGAACGUCUACCAUCGCUGGGUAUCCCGCGGUCUCUUACUCCUCUCAACCUUUCAUUUCGCCUUCCAAAACCACGGAUGGGACCUCUACAAUAUAAGCAAACUUGAGUGGGACACAGAUGACUGUCCCACCAAGGGCAUCGCCGCCUACGCCUUCAUCCUGUGGAUGAAUCUCACCACCCUCGCCCCCUUCCGACACAUGAGCUACGAAUUCUUCGUCGUACAACAUAUAAUCACCUUUUUCGGUUUCAUCAUCGCACUGUCCUACCACCUGGACACCGGCACGGCCCCCACCUCCCAGCGAUACAUCUACGCUACCGCGGGCAUCUACCUCGCAGCCCUACUCCUGCGUUUCAUCUUCUACACCUAUGCCAACUCCCGUCCUCCCCACGCCACCCUCGAGGCCUUGGACGGCAACGCGACCAAAAUCCGAAUCACAUCUCGCCAGAUCCAAAACUGGCAGCCAGGCUCACACAUCCUUCUAUCCCUUCCACGCCUAGGCCUCCAACUCUCCCACCCAGCCACCAUCCUCUCCAUCCCCUCCUCCCACAACAACGAACUAAUCCUACUCCUCAAAGCCCACAAAGGCUUCACCAAAAAGCUUAUCACCACCGCCAAACCCCUCGACCCCGAAUCCGCAGCAACCCAACGCUCCUACCUCGCCCUAAUCGACGGCCCCUACCACAGCUCCGCCCCCGACUUCACCACUUUCGACUCCCUGUUACUCAUCGCCGGUGGAACAGGUGUGACCUUCACGCUCGCCCACCUCCUCCACGUCGCACAUAGUGCCACAACCGGCCCUUUACCUCUCCGCCAAGUCCUCUUCCUCUGGGUAAUCAAGGAAAAGCGCCAAGCAGCCUGGGUGCUCCCCGAGCUGCAAGCCGCACUACACAAGCUCCAGGAUACCAGUAUCCGAAUCCGGAUUAAGAUUUUCAUUACGCAGGACCCAGACUGGCUCGACAGUACUGACGAGAAAGCCUCCCCUGUGCCCAGCCUAUCCAAUACCAACAACCAAGCCGAAAAUGACGACGACGACGAAAUCAAAGAACUCCCCCCUCCCUCCCCAGACCACCAACAACCCCCAGACCUCUCCCCCGCCCACAUAUCCUACCACUCAGGCCGCCCCUCCCUCGACGGUCCCAUCGAAGACGCCGUCCUACAAGCCGGGGGCGAAAUCGCAGUUGGCGCUUGUGGCCCCAUCGGACUAACCGUUUCUGUACGACAGGCGGUGGUCCGCGUGUCGGAUGGAUUGGGCGUGUGUAAAGGGUCUGGCUUGCCGGGGGUGUUUUUGCAUGUGGAGAAUGCGUGUUAAUUAUAUACCUCUGUAUUGUUUUUGAGUGGGUGUUUAUAUAUUUAUCUAUAGGGUAUGGAGUAUGGAGUAUGG